AUGCCAUACCACCGCAUUUCACCGCACCACCAUACUUCCACCAUACCACCAUACCACCACACCACCGCACUCACCGCACCACCAUACCACCACCAUACCACCAUACCACCAGACACCAUCGCACCGCAUCGGGGCGCAUUCACCGCACCACUGUACCACCAUACCACCGCAUCAGCCGUACUCACCAUACCACCACACCACCAUACCACCGUACCACCAUACCACCGCACCACCAUACCACCACCAUACCACCAUACCACCGCACCAUCAGACUCACCGCCGUACCAUCGCAUCACUGUACCACCAUACCACCGUGCGCCACCAUCAUACCACCACACCACCAUACCACCGCACCACCAUACCACCGUACCACCAUACCACCACCAUACCACCAUACCACCGCACCAUUUCACCGCAUACCGCCGCAUGCCACCGUACCACUGUACCACCAUACCACCAUACCACCGCAUCACCGCGUUAAUUGCCACCAUACCACCACACCACCAUACCACCGCACUCACCGUGCCACCACCAUACCACCGCACUCACCGCAUCACCACCGUACCACCAUACCACAAUGACACCACCAUACCAACCACCAUACCACCGCACUCACCAUACCACCGUGCCACCACCAUACCACCAUACCACCAUACCACCGUACCACCAUACCACCACACCACCAUACCACCAUACCACCACACCACCGUACCACCAUACCACCACCAUACCACCGCAUCAGCACGCAGCCGCCAUAGAUCGCCGUGCCGGCCGAUCCGUCGCCACCGCAUCACAUCGUUAUAG